AGAGGAGCACAUUGGUUUUCCAUCAUGAACUCGCUUCACAUCUUGUUCGUCGUCGUGAUUGCGGCCGCCGCUGUCAGUGGCUACCCUGAGCCACCCCAGUCCAAGGAGAUUCCUUUUCCAUUCCGGAAUUUGCGAAUGUUGGUUGAGAAAACAAAAAUGCAGGCUACCAUCAAAAUUUUGAGAAACACGCAAGAGGUGGUGAAAAAGUUGUGUGCUGAGCAGACAAACGUGAAAGCAGAGGACGUUGAAAGGUUGAAGGAAGGCGACUUUGAAGGGCACGUCAACAGCACCAUGUGCUACAUCAACUGCUACAUCAGCGGACUGGGAGUGAUGAAGGACGGUGUGUUCUUGAUCAAGGAAAUGACUGAAGCCGUCAUGAACAUCAUGCCCCCUGAGUUGGCGCAGAGGGCAAUCAGCGCCAUGGAAAUGUGCAAGGAGCCAAUGGGCAAUGACAACUGCGAAAAGGCGUUCGAGUUGUCAAAGUGCUUCAAGACCACCGACGCGGAAAUUGCAAAGAAGCUCUUCUACCCGUCCAAGGACGGCGAGUAAGCCAACUGAGACGCUCAGGAUGAGGGGCAGAUUUGUAUCUAGAAUUGCAUUUUUGCGCAAAAUUUGACUUGUGAUUUGUAGAUUUUAAUUGCGAAAUAAAAUGAGUGGUUUAAAA